AUGACGAAAAAUAAUCUCUCCGCUCAUCUCAAAUGGCUACUGAACCGAGCCCCUUCCUCUCACCCUUUGCUGUCCGCUGAGGCCCCUCCGAUCCAACGCGAGCGCGCCUCCCAACAGCCAACUCCGCCUUCCGACGAAAGCGAACUUUUGGAUGCAAUCAUUGAGGACGCCGAGGAUGCGACAAACGAAGAAAUGGCAAGAUUGCAGACUGCAUUAUCAGCGAGCAAGCCUCGGCUGCCUAGUCAUCUUGAGACAUGGAAAGCUGAACCGCCCUCCACGUCUAAAACGUCAACCUCGAUAAAGUCCGCUGUAGCAGAUAGUCACACAGGCCUCGAACCACCAACGUCCUCAUUCACACGUGCUCAGCCCAAAACGACACCAUUCCGAUCAAACCGCAAAUUUGAAGCAUCUCCCUUCGGCGAUAUAGAGUCAGUUGAUUUGACAGGAGAUCCUCCGCGAUUCAUCUCAUCGUCAUCAGUUGGCCCCGUGGAGCCCCGUCGGUUGUGGUCCGAGGAGGCUGCAACACAUGAGAAGACUACUGAAAAGCGUGGGAAGAAGCGGAAGAGCGACGAAUACACGUCCGACCUUCUGUCACCAUCUAAACAUACGGCUAAAAUCCGAAAUCCCUCAAAAGCAAAUGGGAUCACGUCUGUGAAGUCGAUCUCUGAGUUCGCUCCAACCGAAGACUGGUCAAAAUCUUCCAGAAGUACGAGACAACCAAAAACCGAGUCUCCGUCCCCUCAAAAGAGCAACCGCAAUCGAAUAAUCGCUGGUUCUGACGAGGAAGAUUCAUUUGAUGACUGGGUGGACGAUGAUGUUGACAAAAUGAUCAUGGAUGACUCAGGGCUGUAUCCUAAGCUACCCCAGCUAAGCCCUGCUGAUAAUGAGACCAAAAAACGCCGUGAUAGCCGCAUUACUGAACAACUACCGUCCCGAGAAGCGCGAAACAUAACAAAAACAAAAGAAACAAAAAUUUUGCGUCAGUCUCCUGGGAUGAGUGUUCCCAGUUCUCAGACCAAAGAUGAACAGAUUCUGAAAUUCGUGGCCAUUUCGUCAUCGGCCCUUGAGAAUUGCAUCUCAAACCUUAAAAAGACCCGGCAGAAGAAUGCGGAGAUGGUAUAUGAACAGGCCAUGGAAGGCCGAGCCGCUCCACAUUUACUUGCUGAGAACCAGAGUCUCAUUUCUCGAAUACAAGCCAUUGAGACUUUAAAAUCCCAGCAAGCGGCUUAUAGUAGUUGUGUCUCUCGAAAGGGAAAAUUGAAAGAAAGCCUCAUGCAAGUCAUUUCCCAGGGACUUGAUCCGACGACCAUGCCAACUGAACUCGCAAAAAGCCGAGCAGUUGAAGCAGAGUUGGGGGCGAUUGAAGCCAAGAUACGCGAACUUUUGCCCCAAGCUAGAGUCUUCGAUCUGGUCAAAGACUCCAGCAUUGCUUCUUAUAGCUCAGAUUCACACUCUCGCGACCCCGAAAAGGAGGAUGAAGGCUUGAGUUUCAGCAGAGACCCCUCCCCUUACCUACCACCGCCUAUGAAUCGACCCCAAUCGCCCCAAAGAGAACCAACUUCUUUUGCCGCAUCUGGUAUGACCGACAGAAACUUACCGUCUAAGCUGACUGGGCAAGCUAAUACCCACCGUCUUGGCAACGAGAAAAGCGUUUCUCGAAACAUGGGCUCACCGUCAAUGGACUUUGAUGAUUUUGACUGGAAUGAUAGUGAUGAUGAAAUGCUUGAAGUUGCUGGCAGCUUCAAUGAAGAUGCGCCACCGUCUCUUAAUGAAAUACAUACACAGGAGCGCCAGGUUUUUGCUGAGACGUCUGGGAACAUUUCUCGAAGUCAAGCACCAAAGAAAUCACCCAGUCGAAACAAUUUUUGGUCUAAUCAUCCCUGGUCCCACGAUGUAAGAACUGUUCUCAAGGAUAGAUUUCGUCUUCGUGGCUUCCGAUCAAAUCAACUCGAGGCUAUCGAUGCAACACUUGGCGGGAAGGACACUUUCAUUUUGAUGCCAACCGGUGGAGGAAAGUCCUUGUGUUAUCAGCUUCCAUCUGUCGUGUCAAGUGGCCGAACUAAGGGUGUCACACUUGUGGUCUCCCCUCUCCUGAGUCUCAUGGAAGAUCAGGUUUUCCAUCUAAAAGAGCUCAACAUCAAUGCAUUGCUGGUCAAUGGUGAUACUAAUAAAAGUGACCGGUCAUGGAUCCUUGAUCAAUUGGCCAAUAAUGGAGGAGGAGACAUGGAGUUGCUGUACAUCACGCCAGAGAUGCUUAGUAAAAACCAAACGCUCAUCAAAGCCUUGGAGAAACUUCAUGGUCGGAAUAGACUGGCGCGAUUAGUGAUCGACGAGGCGCAUUGUGUCAGUCAAUGGGGCCAUGACUUUCGACCAGACUACAAGGAGCUUGGGGAAGUUCGAACAAGAUUCCCUGGUGUGCCAGUUAUGGCCUUAACUGCCACCGCCACAGAGAAUGUGAAGGUCGAUGUAAUGCAUAACUUGAAGAUGCGAGGAUGCGAAGUAUUUUUGCAAAGCUUCAAUCGUCCAAAUUUGACCUACGAAGUGCGACCAAAAGGCAAAAAUGAUGAAGUUCUGACUAGCAUCGCUGAGACGAUCAAGACCUCGUACCGGAACCAAUGCGGUAUCAUUUACUGUUUGUCUCGCAAAACAUGCGAAGAAGUGGCGACCGUCCUUCGAGACAAGCAUCAUAUCAAAUCAGAGCAUUACCAUGCUUUAUUGAAACCCGAAAAGAAAGCAUCGGUACAAAAGCAAUGGCAAAUGGGGAAAUGCCAUGUUAUUGUCGCCACAAUUGCCUUUGGUAUGGGAAUCGACAAACCAGAUGUCCGUUUUGUGUUCCAUCACAGUAUCCCCAAAAGUCUCGAAGGAUAUUAUCAGGAGACCGGUCGUGCCGGGCGAGAUGGAAAGCGCUCCGGUUGCUAUCUCUAUUAUGGCUACAGAGACACUACUACACUGAAACGAAUGAUCGAUCAAGGCGACGGCAGCUGGGAACAAAAGUCACGUCAAAAACUCAUGCUGAGGAAUGUUGUCCAAUUCUGCGAGAACCGCAGUGAUUGUAGACGAGUCCAAGUACUCGCAUAUUUUAACGAACAGUUCCGCCGAGAAGACUGCGCUAAUACGUGUGACAAUUGUAAGUCAGAUGUUGUUUUCGAAGAACAGGAUUUUACGGAAUACGCAUCAUGGGCUGUUAAAAUUGUGCGCUACUUUUGUAAUUUGCCAAAGCCGAAAAAUUUAAAAGACAACACAAACAACGUCACUGUACUUUACUGUGUUGAUAUUCUUCGUGGUGAGUUGAAAAGACCCAAAUGCCCGUCACACAGACAAAACCCUGGGUAUGGUAAGGGGUCUGCCAUUGAUAGAGGCCAGGCGGAGCGACUUUUCUACCGUCUCCUGGGCGAGGAUGCCUUGGCCGAAAAUAACCAGAUCAAUGGGAAGGACUUUGCUGUUCAAUAUAUUGUUCUUGGGCGCCACGCCAGCGAAUACGAAGCCGGAAAGCGGAAACUGAAGCUACACAUGCGCGUCUCUCCAAACAAAGCUCGCGCGUCAAGGCCGACCUCGAAAUCCAAGAGUAGCAAUCAGAGCCAUCCACAAUCUACACUGGUAUCUUCACCAAUUCAAUCAGCUCACCAUCGCCGCCAAGCUCGCUCUCAGCCUCACGAAACACUCCUGGACUUUUCGGAAGAUGACGAGAGCGACGGAUUUGAGCCAAUCAGGGUACCGGGCAAGCAGAAACGUCAAAGUCGCCAUGAGCUUGGUCCACCAAUAACGACCGACCAAAAGAUGGACCGCCUUGAUCAUCUUCAUCGUGCUGUUGCUGAGGAUUUUGAGGUCACCGCCAAGAGAUUCCUGCAGGAUAUCGUUGUUGAAAGGGGCCUCCGUGCCCAGCCAUUCCCCGACCAUAUCUUACGCGACAUGGCCAUUUUUUUUCCCAGUGAUCUCUCACAGCUUGCUGCCUUGCCUGGUAUUGAUCAAGACAAGGUCAAACGAUAUGGACGCCAGAUCUUAAAAUUGGUCGAUAAUACAAAACGCCGUUAUCAUGAAUUGAAAGAAGAGGCUGAGUCAAAUGGCGUUGUCCCUGACCCCAACCAUCACAAUGUCAUCAAUCUCAGCAGCAGUGAUGAGUACAGUGACGGCGAUGACCUCUUCGCAGACCAGGCAUCUGCCUUCGAGUUCGACACCCAGUUCUCCCAAGAGCCCAACGAAGACCUUACGAGCCGAUACUUCCCCCCUCCCCCGUCACCUGGGUUUGACCCUGGCGGUUUUGAUGCCGAACCAGCAGCUGUUGGCUCCAAAGGGCGCAAACGACCCUACACCAAAAAGCCACGCCGGAAAAAUGGCGGUUCGUCUGCAAACUGGAAAGCUAAAGGCUCCAGAUCCAAGAGCAACACGAGUACUCGUGCACCAAGCCGGUCAUCUGCUGCUCCUCGGAAAACUACAACGAAGACCAAGACACCGAAAUCUACGAUUGGAAUGAUGCCCAUUUGA